AUGGAGCGUCGCCGGCACCUUCUCUGCCAGAUGGUUGGGCUCGGCGCCCUGCUUUUAAUAACACAGACCGGUUACACAUUACACGGAAACCUAGAAUCUGACAGCAAAUCGGCCCCAUCCGGCCCCAGCCUAGCCGUCCGUUUCUCCUGCUACGGCAACAAAUCCAGUCUGAUGGUGGAGCAGCCAGCGAUCAUCAGAACCGAAGCUGGGACAUCCGUAACCUUCAACUGUACCGUUAAGACGGAAAGUCCUUCAUACAAUAUCCGCUGGAGGCUGGGCUGCCAGGAUGGCGUUUGGUUAGAGGAAAGUCCGUGCCACCGAGACAGGGUCAGCUACCAACACCGACGUCAGCAAUUAACCAUCAACAACCUGACGGAGAGCGAUUCUGGAACUUACUGCUGUCACGUGGAGGGGGCCAAUGAAAUGAAUGUAUCUGGAAACGGAACCAGGCUGGAGGUGUCACCGAGAUCAUGUCUAUCGGAUAUCGAACACACCAACGGUAACUCUUUCAUUCUGCCCGGCAUCGUGGGGGUUGAGACGUGCGUGAUAAUCAUCCUGCUGGCGGCGCUGGUUAAAACUUGGAGACGGAAAUCACCAGACUUGAAGAAUACUGAAGGCGAUCGUACAAGCUCAAACCUUGAGGAUGACGAUAUAAAUGACGAUAUAAAUUAUGCCGAGAUCUGUCAGAGGAGCCGUGCCCAAUAUCCGCGGGCCGGGCCCAACGUUGGGGAGAUAGUCUACGCACCCGUCAUUGCUGUGAAACGGUGA